AUGCCGAGGCUCGCACCACUCUUGACCUACAGUUGGAUUGCACGUACCAUGCCACUGCCAUGCGCUGCCCUGGCAGGGCUCCAAAUUCUCUUCUGCCGUGAUGCUCUUGCUUGUUGGUGGCGAGCAAACUCAACGGCAGUGCAGAGGGUCAUAGCUUGGCUCCAUCACCAUGCCUUGGCGGCCUCACAAGCCGGUGAGACGGAGGCCAAGCAAGCAGGCGCGCUCUGGCGAGUGGUCAACGUCCUUCUGUCGACUUGCGUAGAACAUCUACCUGACUCUGACGCAAGAGCGUUUUACGCGGAGCAAAUUCUGCAUUGGCUUUGUACCGACGAACUUUGCAAUCUACAUCGCGCCCGCCUAUGCCUUUGUCUGGUUCACUGUGAGCCAUUCACACACCUUAAAGGCCUUCGCAAGGAAGUGAUGAAGGACCUUCUGGCAAGCUCCAAUGACACUGCGGCGUUAGACAGCUGGAGCUGCCACUUGCAGGGCGUUGCUCGUGAAAUUCUCUGGAGAGGAGAGUUGCAGAUGCUGCUUUGGCAGUUGAACAAGUGGGCGGACAAGAUGACUGAGCCAGUCCGGUCUUUCGUCCUUGCUGGUUCUUGCCGUUGA